UAUGAAACCGACACCUCUGACAUAAAAACAAAUGUUAAAAAGAGACGAGAAGAAAUGGCAAAAAAUGGUAUAGAGAAGAGUGAAAAGAGAGCCAAGUAUUUCGAAAAGCUCAUUAUUUCUCUUUCAUCAAGAACUUGAGUAGAGAGAAAAGAACUCUUCACCUCAAGAACUCAGAUUCUCUCAGCGCUUUAGGAUCCUUCCUGCUCCUGAGUGCCGAAUCCAGGAUCCUCUAGGAUUAACCGCAAAUGGAGAAAACAAGAGCAACGUUUCGUCACAAAGAUCAAACAAUGUCUCAGUCUGUUGAUCGGCAAACUGAUCUGGUCGGACAGAUCAACAACAACAACAAAGCGAUCACUAACCCACUCGCUCUGAGUCUCUUGAUUGGUCUGAAGCAGACAAUGGCCGACCCGUUCUUCCUCAGAUCUCCUAGAUCAUCACUCACUGCCCAUCUUAACUGUUCUUGUGGCCCUGCUAAAGUUGGGUUAAGCAUUGUGGAUUCUCUCGGUGAUGAUCGGGUUACAUCACCAGAUGUCCUGUUUGGACCAGCCUUGAGGAUCAAGUCCUCUGAGAUUAAGAACAAACAUCCCAAGUUGUUCCCAGAAACCAAGUCCUUGGAGAUCGAGAAGGAAAGAUCUGGUGUUAUCUUCGAGAUCGGCUCGUUUUCUGCGGAUGAUUGUCCGACAAAGACCCGAGUUCUGUCUCAUUCCAAGUUCGGCUCAGACAAUGCAUUUUCGUCUGAGGAUGAGAUGGAGAUGUCAGAGGACUACACUUGUAUCAUUACACAUGGUCCUAAUCCUAAAACCACUCAUAUUUACGGUGACCAAGUUUUAGAGUGUCACAAGAAUGAGGAUAACAAAGAGAAGAGUAUCGAGUCAGAGUUGGAUUACUUCCUCAGCGUAUGUAACUUCUGCAACAAGAAACUUGUAGUUGGGGAAGACAUAUAUAUGUACAGAGGAGAGAAAGCGUUUUGCAGCGCUGAGUGUCGUUCAGAGGAGAUGGCAAUAGAUGAUGAGGAGGAUCUGGAAGAUUCUUGCAUAGUUAUGCACGGAUCUUUAAAGAAGCUCUUCUGAACAAAGAAGCAGCUAAUAUAAGACGGUGGUCAUGGGACGAGCUUUUAUAGAACCGACCAUCGUGUAUUAACUACCCAAAAAAGACUUAAAUUAUAUAAUGUAUUUGAAUAGUGUCAUGCCAAUGUUAGGUAACAUUUUGGCACUACUAGUCUGGUUCAUCCGUCUACAAAGAGCUGUGUUUAUGCGCAUCUAUUAUCAGCUGCAGCAGCCACGGAUGGAUUAGGCGGUCUUCGUUUUCUGUGUGUGUUUGUGUAAUGGGUUUUCAGUUUCUUCUUCGGUUUGGAUACCGAAGUUGAAGACUACUAAUAAAGAUCGUAACUGAAUAAAGCCUUGUAAAGAGAGGGAUUAUGUAACCACUCCGUUUUCUUCAUAGCUCGAUUAAUUAAGACAAUAAAUUUAAAGGUAA